AUGGGGGGCUGGGCCGGCUUCCUCAUCACUUACCUCCUAGGAGGCCUGACCUUCCUGCCUUUGGUGCUUCUCACCGUCUUCGCUCACGCCUACUUCACCCUCCCAUACCGACAGGAUGCCGACACGAAUCGCGAUCCAGUCGUCGACGCCGCUACCGCUACCGGCGGUCCGGGCUCCAUCGUCCAGCCCGGCGAUGACCUCACCGCUCUCGAGGCCGUGAAGGCCACGGCAAAGGACGAUGCCACUGCGGCAGCUACGAAGCGCUCGGCGCAGGAUAACGACGUCGCGGCGGGGUACUUUGCCGUGUGUAGAGAGUACACUCCCAUGGGCAUCAACGCGAAGCCCAUCGAGAGGUCCACCCCGACCGGCCCAACCACCGUCGCCGCGCCGAGCCAGAGCGUCUAUCAGACCAUGUACAAGAGCAUAUUCGAGCGGAAACCGACGCCAGGACCCUUGGAUAACAGAAAUGGGCUGAGCCAGCGUCCCAAGAAUGCUGGUAAUGUCUUCUAUGUCGUACUGAGACACGGGCAUCUGAUGCUCUUCGACGACGACGAACAAAUCGAGGUCCGGCACGUAGUCUCUCUGUUGCACCACGACAUUAGCAUAUACUCGGGAGGAGAUGUCACACCAGAAGGCGAGCUUUACAUCAAGAGGAAUGCGCUGUGUUUGUCGAGGAGGUCAGAUGGCCCCGAGGUCGGACCGGACAGCCAGCUAUCCAAGCCGUUCUACCUCUUCUCCGAGAAUUGUUCCGCCAAGGAGGACUUUUACUUUGCCAUGCUCCGUAACCAGGAGCAAAACUUUGGCGCUGAGAGGAAAGCACCCAGGCCGAAACAAUUCGAGGUCAAGAACAUCAUUGCGUUGGUACAGAAGCUGCACUCAUCCGAGGAGCACCUAUCCACGAGGUGGUUGAAUGCCAUGAUUGGUCGUGUGUUCCUGGGCAUCUACAGGACGACGGACCUCGAGCACUUGAUCCGUGAGAAGCUCACCAAAAAGAUUGCCCGUGUCAAGCGCCCUUCGUUCCUCACCAACAUUGCAAUUCGCCGCAUCGACACCGGCGAGUCUGCACCUAUAAUCACAAACCCGCGUCACAAAGAUUUGAACGUCGAGGGAGAAUGCGUAAUGGAGGCCGAUGUGCGGUACACGGGCAAUUUCCGAAUGGAGGUUGCCGCUACAGCCCGCAUCGACUUGGGCGCACGCUUCAAAGUCCGCGAAGUCGACCUCGUUCUCGCAGUGGUCAUCAAGAAGCUCGAGGGCCACAUGCUAUUCAAAAUCAAGCCCCCGCCGAGUAACAGAAUAUGGUUGUCAUUCCACAGCAUGCCAAAGAUUGAAAUGACAAUCGAGCCAAUUGUGAGCGCGAGGCAGAUUACGUACACCAUUAUUUUACGACAGAUUGAGAACCGGAUCAAGGAGGUUAUCGCCGAGACUCUGGUACAGCCCUUCUGGGACGACAUGCCCUUCUUCAACACGGAGCACAAGAAAUGGCGGGGCGGAAUCUGGGAUGACGACGAUGCGGUUGUCAGCUCACUGAGCGCGGAGACCAACGUGGCUGGAGAGGGCGACGUGGAGGGGGUCGAUCACCUCGAAGAGACGGGCGAUGUGCAAAGCGACAUGAGACCGAUCGAAAAGAGCCACAGUAUGCCGAUCGUUGAGAACACACCGCCGACGGGCCUGUUCGGCAGGAAGAUACAGAACAAGGGGCCAAACAGCCCUUUGAAUAGCUCUUCUACUAGCGUUGAUGCCAUGGGCUCACCUACUACCGCGACGCCGAUACCUAAGCCGUUCAGGUCGCCAUCGAUAUCUAGUCCAGCAAACCCCGUGGUCGGCACCGAUGCUGCGCACGCAGACGUGUUCAAGCCUUCUUCGUCACCACCAGAUCAUGCAUCCAGCAUGAUGGCAGCGCUGUCUGCAAGGUCAACGCCGGUGACGACGCCCUCCGAGACACCCGCCAGACCACCACCCGUCGCAAAGGCGCCGAGCCAGUCCUCCGCAUCCUCGCGCGAAGCCACAGAUAACGAGAACGAUACGGAUCGCACGCCGAUGGCCAAGGAACGCCGUGGCACAGCUUCGUCUUCGGAAUCGAUGCGCAAUAACGAAUCGACUGACCCAAACUCACCCACCACAUCUUCAAGAGCCUCAGUCAGAAGCGCUACGGGCUCCAUCUCCAAGGGCCUCUUUCGGAGAGAGAACACUAGCAGUACGAACUCGACUACAUCAACAAACGGCGAGGGAAAGCGCACGACGCUCGCUGCCGUUGCCAACGCUGCGGUCACGGCCAGACAGUGGGGGUGGAACGCGAUACAGAAACACAAGGACGCCAAGAACGGCGCCUCGACGGAGCAGAAUCCCCCGCUCGACCUCAACCAGCCGAUGGGCAGGGGUCAGCCUCUGCCUCCACCAGGUACGCCGUUGCCUCCGCCUGUCAGAGGCUCCAAGGUGACGACAAUCCCUGUGCCGAAGCGCAAGCCCAUCGCGCCGCCGAAUCUCCCUGAACGGCCUCACUCGGCGUCAACGUCGGAGGCAAAAUCGGAGCGCAGACCCGUGCCGCCCCCGCCCCUGCCCUCGCGGCGUCAUCUGGACACGAGAAAGAACGCGGACGGCGGUGGCGAGAGUUUGUUGGUUGUGGAAGCGCCGCUCGACUCGGAACCCUCGACGCCCAUGGAGGAGAGUAUGCCUCCGCCGGCGUACGUUCAGCCCUGGGCCGAGGACGUCUCUGACAGCGAAAGGGAUACCGGGGCUCGGGAAGAAAGGACGAGGGGUCGAGAUCGCAUUGUGGUCGACGAGAAGAAGGGGCACGGAAAUGAAGAGGAGGAGGAGAGCAAGAGCAGGACGCCACCGCCGUUACCGCAGCGUCGGGAUACGAAGCUUGACGAUCCUAUUGUGGCUAAACCGGUGAAUGUCUCUGGUGUCGACGAGGACGACGACGAUUAUUCCGCGUGGAUGGAUGAGCAGGAUGAGGGUGUCGUCGGUGUAGACGGGAGGCCGAGCGUCGAGGUGAAGUAA